AUGUUAACAACACACUUCCGUUGUUGCAUUUCACCACGGGUUUCGGGCGCUUAUUCUCUCUUCCCCUUGUUCCUCCCAUGUAUCAAAAGGAAGCGGUUGAUGAUGCUACCGGCGUGUGUAAUCCCGAUGCAUGGCGCAUUGAAACUCGCCAUACUGCUGAUGUUGGUAUGGUGCUGUUCCUUGUGUCUCGCGAAGUCAGGUGGCCGCUGCAUGUUCGAUGAAAUUGCGGCGAAAGCUGGACGUCCACGGGUUUUGGCGCUGCGAAGGACUAAAGCAGGCAUGGAGAAUGUAAAGUAUGACAGGACAGGUUCCGUUGACCCUGAGUGGCAGCACAUCCGUAUUGUUGUUUUCGCAGAAGACAUGAAGGACCGGUCGCGAUAUUGCACGUCUGCAGGGCAGGAACGACCAACGUUUUUCGGAGAAACAGCGACAUGUUCACAAGAAGACAUUUUGACAGCCGCUAAGAGAGAUAUUGCCGUCACGAAGCUUCUUCCUUCAGCUGUCCAGAUGCAUAUGGAUAGGUUACUCGUCGACCCUAUAACUGAACCCCUUGUCUUUCCUCCAUUUGAUGGUUCGGUGUGCUCUGAGUUCAAAGUACCGUCAAGUCAUUUCUCAGAGGGCGUACCUGACGCUGAUAUGGUAAUGUAUGCUGCAGCGGGUCCAACGCCGGAGGGUGUGGCUGCCUGGGCUACGGGUUGCAUAACUCUUGACGAUGGGCGUGCUGUGGCUGGCGUAACUAACCUUGGCCCCGGUUCCAUUAGCCUGUCGGAGACCAGCAUUCGCACAGCUGCUCAUGAGAUUGCCCACGCCCUUGGGUUCGAUUUCGAAGCGAUGAACGAUGCCGGUAUGGUGCAAAGAAUUCCCGGUGUUCGUGGAAAGGUUGAUGUGACACUCAUUUCGUCACCCAGGACACUGCAGAAGGCCCGCGAACACUACAAUUGUCCCGAUGCCCCUGGAAUGGAACUGGAGGACGAAGGUGGUAGUGGCACCGCAUUAUCACACUGGGAGCGGCGCAAUGCGAAGGAUGAGAUCAUGUCUGGUAUUUCUUCACCUGGUCGAUACACAGCGCUAACGAUGGCGGCGUUUGAGGAUCUGGGAUAUUACCGUGGUGCCUGGGGGAGCGAAGAACCUAUGGGUUGGGGAAACAACUCUGGUUGUGAGCUACUCAACGAAAGCUGUUUGGUGAACGGUGUGACAGCGCACCCGGAUAUGUUCUGCAACGAAACCGUGAGCAAGCUGGUUUGUAACUCGGAGCGAGAUGGUCUUGGAAGGUGUAAUGUAAUUAAGCAUGAAAAUCCACUUCCACCGCAAUACCAUUACUUUUCAGAUCCUUCACGUGGUGCCCCCUCCCAUCUCUUGAUGGACUACUGCCCGUCCAUUGACGCGUUCUCCAACACGCCUUGUGCCGACGGCGAAACGAAAUUCAUGCGUGGAAGUUUGAUAGGACCGUCGUCAAUGUGUCUGAAGGCCGAGGGACUCCGUGACAGUCAGGGCGUCAUUGGCGAUGUUUGUGCGGAUGUGCGGUGUGAUGGUGGUGAAGUAAGCAUUCGUUAUCUUGGGGAUGAUGCAUGGCAUCCGUGCCCAGAAGGCAGUCACAUCAAACCGACUACAACAUUCACGGAUGGCGUCAUUGUUUGCCCGACUUACAGUGAGGUUUGUAUCAAAGCAACAGUGGUUGUACGCCCUUCUUCAGCCAGCUACCGUUCUUCAGUGCCGCAAUCGCUGCUUCUCACCCUAUUCGCUAUAGUUUAUGCUGCCUGUUAA